CUCUCAAAAGAAAAAGAAAAAAAGAAAAAAGAGAAAAAAAGAAAGAAAGAGAUCAGACAGAGCAGCAGCCUCUUUUCUCCGUCGUCGUUCUCUGGUUAAAGCUAUUCCUUUACGCUCUGUGGCUGUACUGAGAGAGAAUCUCGUUUGCUUUCCUUCUCGCUGCCUAUGGCUGCUAGUGCCAAUCCCUCGGGCUCUGGGAAUAAUCAUGAAGGGGCGUCCCCGCAGAAGAUUCCGUCGUCUUCGUCUAAGGCUACUGCUGCUGUCGCCAAUGGCACUCCUGUAAAUUCUACCAAAAGCGGGGGUAGUAAUUCUGGAGCUUCCGCUGCAGCUGAUAAUUUGCAGACGGAGGCCGCCUUGAGGCACUGUCCUGGUAUUUCCACUGAGUGGACUGCUGACGAGCAGUCUCUCCUCGAGGAAUUGCUCACCAAGUAUACCUCAGAAUCAAUCGUUCAACGAUAUGCAAAGAUUGCUCUCCAGUUGAAGGACAAAACCGUUCGGGAUGUGGCGCUGCGUUGUAGAUGGAUGACUAAAAAGGAAAAUGGUAAGCGAAGGAAAGAGGAUCAUUCUGCUAGGAAAAAUAAGGACAGAAAGGAAAAAGCUGCAGAUUCUUCAGCCAAGUCAUCAUCUCAUUUGACACCUCGUCCUAAUGGUCCUUCAUACGCUCUACCAUUGAUCCCCGUGGACAAUGAUGAUGGCAUCUCUUACAAAGACAUUGGUGGUGCAACUGGAGAGAUUCUUGAGCAAAAUGCUCAAAUUUUAAAUCAAAUUUCAUCAAAUUUUGCAUCUUUUCAGAUACACGAUAACCUUAAUCUUCUCAGCAAAACUCGGGACAACAUCCUCUCUAUCUUGAAUGACUUGAAUGACAUGCCAGAGAUAAUGAAGCAGAUGCCCCCACUUCCUGUGAAGGUGAAUGAAGAGCUUGCCAACUCCAUCCUUCCUCCAUCGUCCCAUCAUCUUAAAUCAUGAUGCCUGUUUGCUUAUGAUGCCUCUGACUUUCUCCCUCAUUUUUGGGAUCUCUGUGGUUGAAUCUGAUCAAAUAAACUGCUCACUGAAUUCAAGUUCUGUUCAUUUGAGAAGAUCAAGAGGCAUUUAAAUUGACCAUGGUCUCAAACAUUUGAAGAACAAUGAGUAUUAUUUGUUUAUUAACAUUUAAUCUGUAUUGGGUGGGGGAUUGAUUUUAGGAAAACCAGUUGUAGACUUGUAGCAUAUGUAUGUAUACUUAGCUGCCUAGGAGGGGGGAUUUUGAGUGCAGAAACGAUCCAAACAGAAACUUUGGGAUUGGUUUUCUGUGGAAAAUAAUAAAUAGUUGAUGGAUUGCCUGUAA